AUGAGCCGCGCCGGGAGUUGGGAUAUGGACGGGCUGCGGGCGGACGGCGGGGCCUCUGGGGCCGCCCCGGCCUCGUCUUCUUCUUCGGUGGCCGCGGCAGCUGCGCCGGGCCAAUGCCGCGGCUUCCUCUCCGCGCCAGUCUUCGCCGGGGCGCAUUCGGGGAGGGCGGCGGCGGCGGCGGCGGCAGCAGCGGCGGCGGCCGCAGCGGCCUCCAGCUUCGCUUACCCCGGGACCUCGGAGCGCACGGGCUCCGCCUCGUCGUCGUCGUCUUCGGCUGCGGUCGCCGCGCGCCCAGAGGCUCCCCCGACUAAAGAGUGUCCCGCGCCCGCACCCGCCGCGGCUGCGGCAGCGCCGCCCGGCGCCCCCGCGCUGGGCUAUGGUUACCACUUCGGCAACGGCUAUUAUAGCUGCCGUAUGUCGCACGGCGUGGGCUUGCAGCAGAACGCUCUCAAGUCGUCGCCGCACGCCUCUCUCGGAGGCUUCCCCGUGGAGAAGUACAUGGACGUGUCGGGCCUGGCUAGCAGCAGCGUACCCACCAACGAGGUGCCCGCGCGAGCCAAGGAGGUGUCAUUCUACCAGGGCUACACGAGCCCCUAUCAGCAUGUGCCUGGGUACAUCGACAUGGUGUCCACUUUUGGCUCCGGGGAGCCUAGGCACGAAGCAUACAUCUCCAUGGAGGGCUACCAGUCCUGGACGCUGACCAACGGGUGGAACAGCCAGGUGUACUGUGCCAAGGACCAGCCACAGGGCUCCCACUUUUGGAAAUCUUCCUUUCCAGGGGAUGUGGCUUUAAAUCAGCCAGACAUGUGUGUCUACCGUCGGGGAAGGAAGAAAAGGGUACCCUACACCAAACUGCAGCUCAAAGAACUGGAGAACGAGUAUGCCAUUAACAAGUUCAUUAACAAGGACAAGCGGCGGCGGAUUUCAGCUGCCACAAACCUAUCGGAGAGACAAGUGACCAUUUGGUUUCAGAACCGAAGAGUAAAGGACAAGAAAAUUGUCUCCAAGCUCAAAGAUACUGUCUCCUGA